UGAUCCAGGUUUUAGACCCACGUCCUUUGACAAGUUCAGUCAUGCCAGUGGAUGUGGCCAUGAGACUUUGCCUGGCUCAUUCGCCACCUCUGAAGAGCUUCUUGGGCCCUUACGAUGACUUUCAACGAAGACAUUUUGUGAAUAAACUCAAGCCUCUGAAACCGUGUCUCAACAUAAAGCAGGAAGCCAAAUCGCAGAACGACUGGAAGUGCUCACACAACCAAGCCAAGAAGCGGGUUGUGUUUGCAGACUCCAAGGGCCUCUCUCUCACCGCUAUUCACGUCUUCUCUGACCUCCCAGAAGAACCAGCGUGGGAUCUCCAGUUUGAUCUUUUGGACCUUAACGAUAUCUCCUCUGGCUUAAAACUCCACGAGGAGAAAAACCUGAUUUUAGAUUUCCCUCAGCCUUCAACUGAUUACUUACGUUUCCGGAACCACUUUCAGAAGAACUUUGUCUGUCUGGAGAACUGCUCUUUGCAAGAGCGAACGGUGACGGGGACGGUGAAAGUCAAAAACGUGAGCUUUGAGAAGAAGGUUCAGAUCCGUAUCACUUUCGAUACCUGGAAAAGCUACACCGACGUGGACUGUGUCUACAUGAAAAAUGUGUAUGGUGGCUCAGAUAGUGACACCUUCUCGUUUGCCAUUGACUUACCCCCCGUCAUUCCAACUGAGGAGAAAAUUGAGUUCUGCAUUUCUUACCACGCGAAUGGGCACGUCUUCUGGGACAACAACGAGGGCCAGAAUUAUAGAAUUGUCCACGCGCAGUGGAAACCUGAUGGGGUGCAGACACAGAUGGCUCCCCAGGACUGUGCAUUCCACCAGGCAUCCCCUAAGACAGAGUUAGAGUCCACAAUCUUUGGCAGUCCCAGGCUGGCUAGUGGGCUCUUCCCAGAGUGGCAGAGCUGGGGGAGAAUGGAGAAUUUGGCCUCUUAUCGCUGAAUUAAGCAACCUCGUGACUGGCCUUCGCCUGUCAUAUUCCCCAUGCAACUCUAGGUCUGCGUUGUUCAAUAUUAGGAAAUCUGUGCUACUUUCCAUCAGUAGGCUUAGGUGUGAGCGUUUGAGGCCUGGCUACAGAAGAGAAAGCCACUUGAGAAUUUAGUGUUGGGGUCUAGCCACACAAGUGAUGAUCCCCAAUUUUGCUUUGGAGGAUCAAGUAACAGCCUGGGAACUACUUUCAUGAAGAAGAGGAAACCGAGGCACAGACAAGAUUUGUGACUUGCCUAAUGCCACACAGGAUUCCCCUCCUGGGAGGUUUUGAACUCAAGUCCUUGUUUCCUCAGCACACCGAGAUUGCCAAAACUCUACUCUGCUCUUCAGGGCGAAGCAGCCUGAAAAGAAGGGACAAGAGUGUCCCCCACCCCACCUCCACCAUCUCACAAGUUCUCUUUGGAAACCUCCUGAGAUG